GCCAGGGUGAAAGGUCGGCGCGCCGGUGGCACUCCCAACAUGGCGGCGGCCGGGGCGGCGGCGCACCGCUCCGGAGCCCGAGCGCCGCGCCCGCCCCCGUCUCGGGCCGCGCGGCUGCCGCGGCUGCUGGUGCUGCUGGCGGCGGCGACGGCGGGGCCGGGGGCGGGCGGCGCGGCGCGGUUGUACCGCGCGGGCGAGGACGCCGUGUGGGUGCUGGACAGCGGCAGCGUGCGCGGGGCCACGGCCAACAGCUCAGCCGCGUGGCUAGUGCAGUUCUACUCCUCGUGGUGCGGCCACUGCAUCGGCUACGCGCCCACCUGGCGGGCGCUGGCCGGGGACGUGCGAGACUGGGCUGCUGCCAUCCGAGUCGCCGCGCUGGACUGUGCGGAGGAGAAGAACCAGGAGGUGUGCCGCACCUAUGACAUCCACUUCUACCCCACCUUCCGGUAUUUUAAAGCAUUCACAAAGGCGUUUACAACUGGAGAGAAUUUUAAAGGACCUGACAGAGAGCUGCGAACAGUCAGACAGACAAUGAUCGACUUCCUGCAGAACCACACGGAAGGCAACCGGCCUCCAGCCUGCCCGCCCCUGGACCCUCUUCAGCCCAGUGACGUCCUCUCUCUCAUCGACGGUCGUGGUGGCCAUUACGUAGCUGUGGUGUUUGAGAGCAAUGGCUCCUACGUUGGACGAGAGGUGAUCUUAGACUUGAUUCCAUAUGAAAACAUCGUGGUGAGCAGAGCGCUGGAUGGGGAUGCAGCCUUUCUGGAGACCCUUGGCAUUCCCUCGGUCCCUUCCUGUUACUUGAUCCACCCAAACGGGUCUCGUGGAUUAGUCAGCGUCGCAAAGCCUCUCCGAUCGUUUUUCUCCUCUUAUUUGAAGUCAUUGCCGAAUGUGAGGAAAAAAUCACUUUUAUUGCCUGAAAAAACAAACAAAGAAGAGAAUUCAGAGGUGAUGGUUUGGAGAGAGUUUGACAGGGCGAAGCUGUACAUGGCGGACCUGGAGUCCGGGUUGCACUACCUGCUCAGGGUGGAGCUGGCCACCCACAGGUCACUGGCUGGGGCCCAGCUGAAGACACUCAGGGACUUCGUGACGGUCAUUGCCAAGCUGUUUCCCGGCCGACCACCCGUCAGGAAGCUGCUGGAGAUGCUUCAGGAGUGGCUGACCAGCCUUCCCCUGGACAGGAUCCCCUACAGUGCCGUCCUUGACCUGGUCAACAAUCAGAUGCGGAUUUCUGGAAUCUUCCUUACCAACCACGUGAAGUGGGUAGGAUGUCAAGGAAGUCGUCCAGAGCUGAGGGGCUACCCAUGUUCCCUCUGGAAGCUCUUCCACACUCUGACUGUGCAGGCCUCUACCCAUCCAGAAGCACUGAUGGGCACAGGUUUCGAGGACGACCCCCAGGCAGUGCUGCAGACUCUGAGGAGCUAUGUUCACACCUUCUUUGGGUGCAAAGAGUGCGGCGAGCAUUUCGAGGCGAUGGCUCAGGAAUCCAUGGACUCGGUGAAAACGUGGGACCAGGCUGUGCUCUGGCUCUGGAGCAGGCACAACGCAGUCAACAGCCGCUUGGCAGGCCACCUGAGUGAGGAUCCCAAGUUCCCAAAGGUCCCAUGGCCAACCCCAGACCUCUGCCCAGCCUGCCAUGAGGAAAUUAAGGGCCUGGACAGCUGGAACGAGGGCCAGGUGCUGGUGUUCCUGAAGCAGCACUACAGCAGCAGCAACAUUGUAGAUACAUACUCUGCAGACCUGGGAGAGUCCAGCCAGGGAAGAGCCCUGGGCAGGGGACAGGCGGAGGGUGGCGCACUGACUCCCCCAGAGAAGGUCCGUGGAGACCAAGAUGCUGAGAGUCUUCGUCCGCCUGGCAUGCUGGGCCCCAGAGCUGCCCUUCCUGAGAACCUGCUGAACAGGCUGGACCUGAGGCUCCAGAGUCCCCGUGGGCCCGGGGCCCUCCAGGAGGCCGAGGCAGCCGCACCCUUUCUUGGGGUCGGCUUCUCCAGCCUGGACAUGAGCCUCUGCGUGGUGCUGUACGUGGCCUCGUCUCUGUUCCUCAUGGUUAUGUACUUCUUCUUCAGAGUGAGGUCCAAGCGAUGGAAAGUCCGGCUUCACCACCCAGCUGUGUAGAGCGCUCCCUGGGCAGCGUUGGCAGUGUUGGCCAUAUUCUGUGCUGCCUGCAGCUUUAUUGUUUAUCAUCAGGGACUCAAGACUCGAGGGCCCUGGGCUCCCCUCAACAGGCCUGUGGAGCACUGGGUGGUCUUGUAGGAAUGCUGACUUCUGAACCUCGUCCAUGCCUCCCGCAGCCUCUGCCACAGGAAAGCUCAUGUGACCUCACUGAGGUCGGGGACAAGAGGAGCAGCCCCAGCUGUCCUGUGCCCCACAAUGAUUGCAGGCUGCAUCUCUGCAGGGCCUGACUUCUGUUUGCAGAAGCCUCCCCGAGGGGCCCAGCACUGCGGCCUUCUACACACGACGUGCCCUGCAGCCCUGAGUGGAUGUGGCACUCCAGCAGUGUGUGAUUCACUUUUUGGCCAUCUGAUAGUCCCGCUUAAGCAAAAGAAUGUUUCCCUGGGGUCUCAGGGCACUCGGGGUAGACCUGGAGACUCAAGGUGCGGGCCAGGAGGAGCUGUGGCUACACCGUAUCUCAGAAUAACUCAGGGGCCCUGGGUGAGCCUGGGCUUGGGAGGAGGGUAGGGGCAGUGCCUUUUUGUUGCUUGGCAUAUCUGAUGACGAGAUAUGAGUGAGGGCCAUACCAAUCUGGCUGUCCUAGGGGAGCUCUGGGCCCAGUGGAGGGGCUGAGGGCCAGGUCUACAGGAGGAGUGUGGAGGACUGGUCUGCUCUUGGGGGCAUGACCUUGGGUGAACUCUACAGGAGCCCGUAGUCAGGUGUGCUCCUUCCUCAACCCCACGUGAGGCACCGCAGAGGUCCCUGGCCAUGGGCCCUGUAGGCCAGACCUUCCUGAUCUGAAGCUGUGGACAAGGUUUCCAGGGGCACCUGUCUCCCGGGCCUCAGGAAUGAUUUUUUCCCAUUCAACAAUUUAAACACAUUGUAAACCCCCAAACACUUAGUGGUAAAUUAGCCUCUGAAGGGCUGGGGACAGAACUCAGCUGGUAGAGUGCUUGCCUUGCAAGCACAAAGCCCUGAGUUCGAUCCCCAGUACCACCAAAAAAAAAAAAAAAAAAUA